AUGCGCUGUCCGAGGCUUCAGCGGACCGAGGUGAUCCUGGCAGUGGCCCUGGUGACUGUCACCCUCCUGCUACUCUGCAGCCUGCACCAAGCGCCCUUGACCUGUGUGACGGGAGGGGAGUUGCAGCGCAGGGACGUGGACCUGCGGCUGCCCGAGGCAGGGCCGCCCCCGGCCUUGGGGUCCUCGCCCCCGCCCUGCCUCGCCAACCUGUCCAUGGCAGCGCUGCCCAACUUCACGACGCUGCCUGCCCAGGUGCGGGACUUCCUGCUACACCGCCACUGUCGGGCCUUCCGCCUGCUGCAGGCGCCCGCGCCCACCAAGUGCCAGCCGGCGCCCUUCCUGCUCCUGGCCAUCAAGUCGUCGCCCGCCAACUACGAGCGGCGCGAGGUGCUGCGGCGCACGUGGGGGCGCGAGCGCAUGGUGCGGGGGGUGCCCCUGCGCCGCGUCUUCCUGCUGGGCACUGAGCGCGACCCGCACGAGGCCCGCAAGGUGGACCAGCUGCUGGCCCUGGAGGCCCGCGCCCACGGCGACAUCUUGCAGUGGGACUUCCACGACACCUUCUUCAACCUGACGCUCAAGCAGGUCCUCUUCCUGGAGUGGCAGAACACACAGUGCCCCCUGGCCAGCUUCCAGUUCAACGGGGACGACGACGUCUUCGCUCACACGGACAACAUGGUGGCGUUCCUGCAGGGCCAUGACCCCGACCGCCACCUCUUCGCGGGGCACCUCAUCCAGAACGUGGGGCCCAUCCGGGUGCCCUGGAGCAAGUACUACGUGCCGCGGGAGGUGACGGCGGAAGAGCGGUACCCGCCCUACUGCGGCGGCGGUGGCUUCCUGCUGUCGCGCUUCACGGCCGCCGCGCUGCUCCGCGCCGCAAGCGCCCUGCAGCUCUUCCCCAUCGACGACGUCUUCAUGGGCAUGUGCCUGCAGCACGAGGGGCUGCUGCCUACCUCGCACUCGGGCAUCCGCACGGCCGGCGUGCACUCGCCCACCCGCAGACGCUCCUCCUUUGACCCCUGCUUCUACCGUCACCUGCUGCUGGUGCACCGCUUCCUGCCCUACGAGAUGCUUCUCAUGUGGGAGGCGCUAAACCAGCCGCUCCCGGACUGUGGCAGGAAGGUGCGCAUUGACUGAGGGGCCACCGCCGCACCCUCCGACCCCAGAAGCGGAGGUCCUGUCCUGCGCGGACCGGGCACCAGUGUUGG